AUGUUAGUGAGAUAUGAUGGUAAUGGUUCAGUGAGGGAGUACAUCUAUAAGAUGUGCAAGCUGGUUAAUGAUCUGAGGUUUUUCCAGCUUUUCAAGGUAAAUUAUAAUUCACAAAAAGUUAAAUGUGGCAUUAACCAGCUAUUAGCAUUUUGUGUUAUUGAAUGGAAACGACUCAAGGGUGUUAAAACUGAAUCAGCUUAUCUUGUGGUGAUAUUUAUUAUUGAUCUCCUUAUUGUCUUUGGCUUCCCACAACAAUUUGUUGACCGGAUCACUCAGUGUACUACCACUGCAUCUUACUCCAUUUCCCUCAAUGGAGAGCUCUUUGGAUUCUUUAAGGGGAAGAGAGGGGUUAGGCAAGGAGACCCAAUCUCUCCCUUGCUUUUUGUUUUGGCAAUGGAGGUGCUUUCACAGUUAUUUACUUAUCACAUAAGACUUAACCCUGGUUUUAAAUACCAUUGGAGGUGUAGUAGGUUGGCCAUCACUCACCUCACCUUUGCAGAUGAUAUCAUGAUUUUCUCACAUGCUAAUAUUGCCUCAAUUCAAAUCCUACUGAAUGCACUUAACCAAUUCUUGUCAUGCUCUGGCUUGGAGAUCAACAGAAUAAAGAGUUUAGCCUUCUUUGCUGGGGUUGACACUCUUACUAAGAAUGCUAUUCUACAGCUCUUGCAAAUUGAAGCUGAUUGUCUGCCCAUUACUUACCUUGGAGUUCCACUAUCACCAUCUUCCAUUGUAUCCAGAGACUGUCAAUCCUUAGUUGACAGGAUUACUGCUAGAAUCAGAAAUUGGACUUUUAGGUUCCUGUCAUAUGCUGGCAAAGCUUCUGGAGUGGAGCUGAAGAAGAGUGGAGCAAAGGCUGCUUGGUCUGCUAUUUGCAGACCUAAGAUCAAUGGGGGUUUGGGAUUUCCUGACUUGGAGUUGUCUAAUAUCCUUGGUAACCUUAGACACAUCUGGAAGCUAUGCACCAAGAAGGACAGUUUGUGGGUUGCCUGGACCUUCAAUUACCUCAUAAAAGCAAAGAGUAUUUGGACCAUCAAACCAACUGCACUAAGUUCUGGAUUCUGGAGAAGACUGUUGAAGCUUAGGGGACUGGCAUGUGGUCUCAUUAGACACAGAGUGGGGGCUGGCACUGAUACUAUGAUGUGGUUGGAUUUUUGGCUUCCAAAUGGCCCAGUAGUCUCUCAAUUAGGACUCUUUGAAAUGGAAAUUCUUCAACUGGACACUUAUGUUUCAGUUGAUAGCCUAAUAUCCAAUUUUCAGUGGGUUAUUCCACCUGCAAUUCAAUUCCCUUAA